AUGACCAUGUUUCCAACUAGCGAUUGGGUGUACAUUAUUCCCCCAUACUUGCUCCACACGAGCUUGGGCGCUAAGCUUCACCGCCAGUUGGCCCUCAUCAGCUCAGAACUUGCCAACUCCAAUGCCAUGCCAACCUGCUCUCCUCACUACGAAGCGGUCCCUGAGUCCAAGCCCAUUCCCCAAUACCACUUUUCUGCAGACCCCACUAUCCACAAUAUCAUCCGGGAUAAGCUAAUCUACAAGUUCCAAAUCAUCGGGAUCUUGGGCACCAGCCCCAAGCCACCCUCAGAGCUUUCGGACGAAGAGGUAUAUGAAUUGUUCGAAACGUUUGAACAUAAGCUAUUGGCAGACGAAACCAUGGCCAAAACCGCCAGCGACACCGCCAGCGAUGGCUCACACCCUGGAUCGAAUACCAGGCACAAGAAGCUUUCAAUCGAGAGCGACACCUUCGGCGAGGUGCUGUUGUCGACAGGGGUUCCGUUGAAAUAUCAGAAAUACUUGUCCUACCUGCUAAGGGACCUUUUGCUUCACACCAAGCUCGAGCAAAACGGCAAGCUCCCGUCACAGACAAGGUUCUUGAAAGUUGACGACACGUACUUCGACUACCUGCUUCCGUCGUCAUGGGUGUCGCUUAUUCCCAGUUCUAGUUUGAACUCAAUCAACCGCAGAGUGAGCAUCGAUUGCACCCACGGCGAUGGGUAUGCCCAGGUCGAAGUAGCCACUCUCAAGGACCCCCAGGCCAACUUGGAGGCGAUUCCAUCGACGUACUUCAACUUCAUUACCAAUAACCCGGUGACUCCGUCGUCAGGAAUCUUUUACUACGAGGUGGAAAUCGUCCAAGAAUGUACUCAGGCCACCGAUAUGGCUCCAUUGUUGGCUAACUCAGACACCUCGUUGGCGUCCAAGAAUGCCUCGCAGUUCUGCGUGGGAUUUGUCAAGCGGUUCCUCCAUCACGGGCCGCGAAACCCUUCUUCACCUCCACCGGCGACCUUGGGCUACGAUGCCAAUUUGGUGGAUCUUGAGACUAUUAAAGACGAACUCGUGUUUAGCCAGGACAAAAUGAUCCAGAAACCGUUGGACUUGAGCAUCGAGGCUUUAAUAGACGACAAACCAGGGGAAAUGAAGGCAAGUUUUGCCUUGGACUUGGGCGACCUGAAUUUUUACAACUCCAUCAAGGGCAGCGAGUCUGCCCAACGCACAACCAUUCUCUCCAUGAACAGAAGACUCUCGUCAUUGAGCAGACAGAGCAUUGCUGAGUUGGACUCAGGCCGAAUUGAUACCGAGGUAACGUUUUCAACCAACAAGGUCCGAGAGUCCAAGUCCGAGAAGAUCUUGAAGUCCGAUGUGGUGGGCUUCGGAAUCAACUAUAUCGACAAUAGUCUCUUUAUCACAUUGAAUGGGGUUUUACUUCGAACCAUCUCCAAACAAGAGCUCAUGUCAAGUAACCCUUUGAACGAUAAUCUUUUCAGCUCUUCCAACCCCAAAGGUGACCUGGUGUACCCUAUGAUCGGGUUCAAAUUGAACGACGUCUCGAUAAACGACAAGACCGAUAUUGCACCCACGAAGUUGACGGUUCGGGGGAACUUUGGGUUUAAGGACUUUAAGUUCAACAUCAACCACUGGGUGAAUCUUUAUAAAAGGGACAAUGAGAAGGAUCUCAAUUUGAGGCUUCUUCAGCAGUCUCAAACCGCCGCCUCUUCCAGUGACCCAAAUGAUGUGUUUGAGGGCCAGCUAUUGAACGUUCAUGAUAAUUCGGCCUUGUUGAACCGUUUGAUAAAAGGGUACUUAUAUACUGAAGGAUACACCGAGACCUUCAACGCAUUGGCGUCAGACUUGAAGGAGUUGAGCGACAUCACGGCUACAAAAAACGAACCUAAUAACGACUCAAAGGUAAUAGAACGGUCUCAUGCCCAAGAGCGGCAUGCUCUCAAGAUGUGCUUCUUGCAAAACCGAUUUGACAGCAUUCUUGAGAUACUCAAUUCCAAAUAUGAGCGGUUCUUCAGCGACAAAGCGGGUCAGAUAUUGAUUUUCGACAUAAAGCUAUACAAGUUGAUCCACUGCCUCAAGAUAUACGUCGAAAAGCUCUUGAACUUGGGAAGCCGGGAGUUUGAGUUUGAGUACGAUACCAAUUUAUCACUGUCAGAACUAUACACGCAGGCAUUAAAUCUUGCCACAAGUAUCCAGAAAGAGUACGCCAACAACGAAGAACAGACCGACAAAAUCAGAUCGGCAGUGGUGCUUCUUUUGGUCAAGGAUAUCAAGGGAUACAACAAUCUUCCUCACAUACACGUUGUACUCGAGAAAUACCAGGACAAAACAGCCGAACUCUUCGAGUUGGUGAACAAGAGGAUCUUGAAAGGAUUGAGUUUCAACCAGACUUCGAACUUAGAGAGUAUAGUGACCAGAGUCGACCGAAAUGUCGAAGAGUUGACACUCACACACUGUGACAACAAGUUUUCGUUGAUCAACUUUGAGAGAGACCAACUUGAGUUAUAG